CUCCUUCUCCCUGCUUUCUCUCUCGGCUCUCUCUCUUCAUUCUUUCUUCCUGCUUUUUUCUUUUUUAAGCCAACACAGCGCAGCGGUUCGUUGGAGGAGAGCACCCUCCUUGUUGAGGCGGCUGCAUCGCGGUCGCCGUGCCAGUAAGCAAGGGUCUGCUGCUUACCAACUAAAAAGAUAGUAAUUGUGACCUGGGUUACCUGGGCGCAGCGAUCUAAACGAGGUAGAUGUAGAGUCAACUUUGGAUUGGCUCCAGUUCACCCGAGAUGGAUACAGAUAGAGCGAACGAUAACGAUCAACGCGACAAGGCGACAACGCGACAACGCAUCAGCAUAUCCUUUCAAGGUAAUUUGCAGACACUCAAUAUCAAGAUACCGUUUGAGAAUCUAACGUCGUCCACGAUGAACUACUUGGUUUACACGAUAUUAUUCCUAUCUUCGUUCCUUCUGGUAUACCUUAUUCGUAGAAAUCGAAAGGCAUCAUCUCGUCUCCCUCCCGGUCCCUGGCAACUUCCGAUCGUUGGCUAUCUACCGUGGAUCGACGCAGAGAAACCGCACGAAUCUCUCACGAAAUUAUCCAGGACUUAUGGACCCGUAUGUGGAUUUCGUAUGGGUUCGGUCUAUACUGUUUUACUGUCGGAGCCUCGAUUGAUAAAGCAAACUCUUGCAAAGGAUGCGUUUGCUGGCAGAGCACCGCUCUAUCUUACUCAUGGAAUCAUGCAAGGAUAUGGUUUGGUUUGUGCCGAGGGUGAACGAUGGAGAGAUCAAAGGAAAUUCGUUAGUAGCUGCCUAAGAAAUUUCGGUAUGGUGAAACACGAAGGAUCUAGAAGAGAAAAAAUGGAGAAAAGAAUACUCGAUGCAGCCGACGAAUGUGUAUCGGUGCUCGAAAAGCGUUCAGCGAAUGGACCGAUCGAUCCAUUGGACACGCUUCAUCAUUACAUGGGUAAUUUUAUCAAUAGUAUCGUGUUUGGAAAAACUUACCAAGAGAACGAACCAGUUUGGAAAUGGUUGAGACAUUUGCAAGAAGAAGGAGUAAAAGAGAUAGGCGUUGCCGGACCUCUGAAUUUUUUACCUUUUCUCAGAUUCUUACCACGAUACGGAAAAACGAUUCGAUCGAUCGUCGAGGGUAAAGAAAAAACGCAUCAGAUAUACCGGUCGAUACUCGAUCAGCAUCGUGCAGAAAUCGCGCAAAGCUUGCCAAAGGAAAACAUGACCGAGAGCUUUUUGGCCGCGUUCGACGAACAAAUGAGAAAAAGAGGGCCCGUAGAAUCGGCCUUUUAUACGGAAGCUCAGCUGUACCAUUUGUUGGCGGAUCUUUUUGGUGCCGGAACCGAUACCACCUUGACGACGCUUCGUUGGUUCCUUCUAUUCAUGGCUGCCCAUCCUAUAGAACAGGAAAAAAUCCAUUUGGAAAUGAAUCGGUGUUUGAGAAAACAAGAAGCACCGACAUUGAACGAUAGGAGCGCUAUGCCUCGUCUCGAAGCCGCUUUAGCAGAAGUGCAAAGAAUAAGAAGCGUUACACCGCUCGGUAUGCCCCAUGGAACGAUAGAGGAUUCACAAAUAGGUGAUUACGAUGUGCCCCGUGGCUCCAUGAUAAUUCCGAUGCAAUGGGCCGUUCAUACUGAUCCUACUUACUGGACAAAUCCUCUCGAGUUUCAACCGGACAGAUUCUUAACAAAAGAUGGAAACUUCUUCAAACCGGAAUCGUUUCUCCCCUUUCAAAAUGGAAAACGAGUCUGCAUCGGAGAGGAACUCGCCAGGAUGAUACUAUUUCUGUUCGCUGGAAGGAUAUUGCACGCGUUCGUUGUAUCGACACCAUCGGACGUCGAUGGUGUCGACCUCGAAGGCGAAUGCGGUAUUACGCUCGUCCCAAAGCCACAUCGUUUGAUAUUUGUCAGACGAUGUGAUGACGCCUGAAUUUUCGUUCACUCGCUUGAAAUACCUAUUCUCGAGCAGUCGUUAAAUUAAAAAUCCACACUUUCGAAA